AUGCAGCUGCGAUUCGCAUGCGGCACGAUUCUCGCCUCUUUGGCUGCUGGCGUCCUCGUGAAGGAGCAUGUUCCGGGAAACCACAUCGCUGCCUUUCAUAGCUUCAUUGACCAGCAUGGGCGCCACUACAAGAAAGGUACCCAUGAGUAUUUCAAGCGCCUCACGCUCUUCUCCGAGCGUCUCCAGAAAGCGGAGGUCAUCAACUCCCGACCAGGCCACCUGUGGAUUGCCGGCGUGGGACCUCUGUCCGACCUCACGCCGGAGGAGCUGAGUCAGAAGAAGGGCUGGGCUGGCUUCGCCAGUCGUAAGAGCCCGAAAGCCCUGAGGACGCAGAUGUCUCUUCUCCAGUCUGAGUCGGAUCUUCCCGAAGAGUGCAACAAGUGGGCCAACCUGACCAUGCUGCAGGCCAAAGACCAGGGCGGCUGUGGAUCCUGCUGGGCGGUGACCUCGGCCACAGUGCUCGAGGCGCACCGGGAGAUCUAUCUCGGAAAGCAGGAGCAACUCUCCGCCCAGCAUUUGGUGAACUGUGUGGAGAAUCCUCGGAACUGCGGCGGUACCGGUGGUUGUGCUGGAGCUACCGUGGAGCUCGCGAUGGCCUACGUCGUCCAGAAUGGGCUGGCGACCGAGGCGCAAGUGCCAUACGAAGGAGCUGAUCAUCAGUGCCAGACUGGAGCCGUGGCAGCUCUGCAGCUGUCGGGAUCUGAUGAUCUUGCAGCAUCCGGUGUUCGCAAAGCCAAAGCCAAUUCUGUGGGACUGCAGACUCUGGGAAUCCACGGUUGGGAGAAAUUGCCGGAGAACAAGUAUCUGCCAUUGAUGCGGGCCCUGGUGCAACAUGGCCCUGUUGCGGUCUCUGUCAGUGCGGAUUCAUGGGACUUGUAUCUCAAGGGCAUCUUCGACUACUGCAGCAAGGACGUGAUCAUCGAUCAUGCUGUCACCCUCACCGGCUACGGAAAGGACGUCGAGCUGGGAAAGAAGUAUUGGAGGAUUCUCAAUUCCUGGGGCAAGAACUUCGGUGAGGAUGGCACUAUCCGCCUGCUUCGCACUGAUCAGGAGGAUUGCUUGAUCUGGAGCGUAUCACGGAAUCACUGGGUGCGAGAGCCGUGUGCGUGGAAGGAGAGCUGGUGUGGAACAGACAACCAGCCGGAGCUGGGAACAGGCUGCGACGGUGGUCCCCAGCAGGUGACGGUUUGUGGCAUGUCCAGGGCUGAGCGGCUGAGGGUAGGUGCGGCAUUCUCUACGAUACCGCGACACCAAUCUUCCAGCAUGCGUAGGACUUUCGUGGCUUCGCAGCAGCACGCAUCCGAAGAGUGUGAGAAAGCAGCGACCGUCUGUAGAGGGGUUCGUGACCAGAAAGGCCAUGUCUGGCCAGACUUGCUCUACAGGCACUUCGAAGCCAAGGGCUUCCAAGGUGUCGGAGGCUGUGCCGUCACAGGUAUGUGGCCUCUGCUUCUGGGAGGCCUAGGUUUGGGCGCUCUGGCUGCUCGGCAGGGUCUGAGGGCCGUAAGGGCCUCUGGGGUCAAGGUGGACUUCAAGAUGCCAGCCUUUGGCGGUUUCGGAGCUUUCAGCAGUGGCCUGCAGGGCUUCGAGGCACCGAUGACUCGCGCAGAGGCACGGCAGAUUCUGAAUCUGUCCUCCAUGGCCCCAAACAAGGAUGCAGUGCGAGAAGCACACAGGAGGCUGCUGAUCGCAAACCAUCCCGACAAGGGUGGAUCCACAUACAUCGCCUCCAAGAUCAAUGAGGCCAAAGAAGUGAUGUUGGGAAAGAAAGCGACGUGA